AUGGCGGUACAAGCGAAGACAGUGAAGGCCAAGAGCACUAAGAGCUAUAGUAAAGGCGAGUACAACACCAAGAAGCGCUCAGCUAGCAAUAUGGAGGACGGCAAAAAGUCGUUUGUGGACCAGAAGCUGGCCAAGAAACAACGCAAGAUGCAGCGCCCGCACUACGAGAUGGUGACGCGUGCCAAGCAGAUCUGGAACGUCAUCCGCGAGCGUGAUGUGGACAAGAACAAGCGUGCCAUACUUGUGGAUGAGCUGUACAUGCUGGUCAAGGGCAAGAUUUAUGAUGUAGCUGCCAAACACGACGCGUCGCGUGUCAUUCAGUCGCUUAUGCAGCACGGCAAGCCCGAGCACCGCUCGCAGAUCGUGCUGGAAAUGAAAGAUCAUCUUAUCGAUCUAGCCAAGAUGCAAUAUGGCUGCUUUCUCGUGCAGAAGAUGAUCCGCUACGGCAGCCGGGCGGACCGUGCGGCCAUUGUCAAGUGUCUAACAGGUCACGUGGUGCAGGUCGGCACGCACAACAUUGCCGCCAAUGUGCUUGAAUAUGCGCAGGAAUAUCUCCAGUCAUCUCAGCUUACAUCACUCAAACUGGAGUUUUAUGGUCGUGAGUUUGCUUAUUUUCGCGCGGAGAGCAAGCGUAACCUGGCGGACAUUAUCGCCGCGCAUCCGGAAAAGAAGGCCGAUGUGCUGAAGCAUCUCAGCAGCAUUUUGAACCGCAUGGUUGACAAGCAACUCCUUGGACUGGCCUUUGUGCAGUCUCUACUGUGGGAGUACAUGAGCAAUGCUGAGCAUGACGACGUCAUGCAGAUGGUUGCCAAUGUUCGUGAUGCUUCGCUGGCGCUACUUGCCACGCGCAACGGUGCUCGUGUGGUCAACAAGUGUGUUUCGCUCGGUGCGGCCAAGGAUCGCAAGCGUAUCAUCAAGACUCUUAAGGACAAGGUGCUCGAGGCAUGCAACCACCCUAGUGGCUAUCUCGUGAUCAUGCGGAUCUUGGACGUGGUGGACGACUCUGUUCUUGUGCAGAAGUCCAUUCUGGCGGAAUUGAACAACGAACUCUUUUCGAUUGCUAUGCACCCCAGUGGACGAAAGGUUCUUUUGCAGCUUUUGAGUCCCUUAAACAAGAAGUACCUGUCUGCAGAUGACCUUGUUCUGCUCGAGCCACCUACGCUACCAUUGGCUGAAGAUCCGACCAUCACGAUAGUGAAUUACAAGAAGGACCCGGACGCUCGUCGUGAGGAGAUACUGAAGGGUUUGCUGCCAAAGCUGGAGGAGAUGAGCAUUGCGAAUACUGCUGCCCUAAUGCGCUCGAAAGAGGGUCGUGACGUGAUUGUCGAGGUCGCUAAGCGUAGUGAGAGCACGGAGCUGACAAAUAGCGUGACGGCCGCUGUUCUUGCGCAAUCCAGCGUGGAGACGGAGCCUCUUUACACCGACGCCAACGGCCACUUCGCUUUGCGUCGCCUAAUAAAGGAAACAUCGAUGGCAGGACCUCUACUUACGGCCGUCGAAAAACAGCUACCGCACUGGGCAACGAGCAAUCGUGGAUCUUUCGUGGUUCUCGCGUUCUUGGAGGCUGAACAUGCCCCCAAGAACGCUCUCAAGGUGGUGCAGAAUGCACUCAAGUCCACGAUGGGAGAUCUGAAGAAGCUCGUGGACACGCAGCAGGGCACUAAAUUACUUCUUGAGAAACUCCAACAGGGAGGCGAUUGCUCAACUUUAUAG